AUGAAUAAACUAAAUAAAGAAAAAAGGCUAUUACUUCUAAUUACUCGUGUUAAUAUGCUUAUAAAUUUAUUACAAAGUAGAUUAGCAUAUCCAUUAAUUUAUCCAUUUAAUACAACAGCUUUAAAUAAUGAAAAGUCCUUAGAAAUAUAUUUAGAAAAAUUAAAGAAAGAUGGGAACUUUAAUGAACAAGCAUUUAUGAAAUCAUUAAGCUUUAUAACACCAUCUAUUAUUUCUUUAACAAAAUUAGUACACAUUUUAAAAGCAGGUUAUUCUCUUUGCAAUUAUUCCGGUGUGACAAAUAAAUUAACUUAUUUAGAUAGAAAAAGUAAUAAAAAUAUUUUAAAUAAAUAUGAAAAGAAAUUACAUUUAUUAAAACCUCAAGUGUGGAGGCUUUUAAAACCAAAUGAUGAAUUGAAUACAAAACACUUAAAAUGGAGAAAAUGA